AUGAAGCUCAUAGUCGCAGGAGCCACAGGCUUCGUAGGAAGUGAAGUCGUCGCUCAAGCUAUCGCUCAUAAAUCCAUCACCUCAGUCAUUGCACUUUCGAGAAGACCGCUUUCGGAACCGCCGUUCAACCAUCCUAAAGUCAAAGUGGUAGUGCUUGAGGAUUUUGAGAAGGGUUAUACACCUGAGGUUAUUGAGCAGCUUAAGGGUGCUGAGGGUUGUUGUUGGGCCCUAGGAGCCAAAUCCACCGGCGGCGACAAAACCCGUCGCGUAAACCUCAACUACGCCCUCUCCGCCUGCAACGCCUUCCGCACUCUCCCCCUCUCAUCCCCCACAGCCAAAUUCCGCCUCGCCUACACCUCCGGCAUCAUCACGGAGCGCGACCAAGACAAGAACCUCUGGAUCAUGUCCGACAUGCGCAAGAUCGGCGGCGAAGCCGAGACCAAGUUGAUCGAGUAUGCGAAGGAGGCAGACGCUUUCGAGACGUUUAUCUUAAGACCUGGAGGCAUUAGACCGAAGGAGGGGAAGAUGUUGCCGGACUGUAUUGUGGGGAGUUUUAAUGUUAGGGUGGAUGAGGUUGCUGCUACGUUGAUUGAUUGUGCGGUUAGGGGGGAUGAGGGGGGACGGGAUACGUUGGAGAAUGCUGAUAUUGCGAGGAGGGGACGAGAGCUGUUGGGGAGGGCAGCGGAGAAGUGA